AUGUCUCAGACAGCGAGCGCAUCACAGAAAUCUCGUGCAGAGUCCUCUCUACAACAUCGUAAACACCAAGCAGCCUCACAAUCGCAUGGCAUCCUAGAGAAACUGCAACAUGAAGCGCAGGAGACGGGUUCGCAUGCCUGGGCAGCCUUCUCUUCGUUUUCAUGGCUAUGGCCCAUACGCGGGGUGGUGUACUCCAUAACCCACCCUCAAAUCAUCCUUUCAGUCCGCCAUGUUAUCCUGAAGUCCCUCGUCACCUCCAUCGUAAUAUUCGUCGUACUGGCCUCCUUCACAUUCGUCCCGCAGAUGGCUAUCCUUGCCGUAUUCACAGGCCCUCUCUCCCCCAUCUUCGCUGUCGUUCUCGUCGGCGCGGAGGCUGUCAUCCUAAUCUCCCUCUUCGCGCGGGCCCUCUUCCUCGAGCCCGCCCUAACGCGCGUGUUCGACGCAACGCUCGCUUCGCAAGGACAGACGCAGCUCGUGCAGGCGGCGAAGACGCGCGAUGCAUCUGCGACGGCACGGAAUGUGGGAAGCCAGUUGGUGAAGCCCUUGCAGGCCCUGUCCUCAGAUGGUCUGAUUCGCUACGCCCUAUCUCUCCCGCUGAACUUCAUCCCUGUCGCGGGCACCGUCCUGUUCCUCCUCUACAACGGACACAGGGCGGGGCCGGGCUGGCACUCGCGCUACUUCGACUUGAAAGGUUUGUCGAAGAGUGAGCGUGCGGCGUUCGUCGAGAGCCGCAGGGCAGCCUAUACUGCCUUUGGUAUGAUGACGCUGCUGCUGAACUUUGUGCCUCUUAUCGGGUUGCUCUUCAGCUUCACGAACACUGUCGGUGCGGCGCUCUGGGCGGCAGAGCUCGAGGCGAAAGCGAACAUUAUCGACAGCGAGGUCGGUUCUCGGGGAGAAAAGAAGUUGCAGUAAAGUCAAACCGGGAUUUGCACGACUUACAAGAACUUGACGAAAUGUACAUCAGUACGAUUCGGUAUAGUGGGUCUUUUGUAACGCAUACUCGUGCUCAAUUGGUACAUAUUU